AUGAGACAACUUAAUGUGGUCAUUGCCGACGACCAUAUUUUAGCUUUUGUGUCUGAUAGGAAUUCCUCAAUUGCUAAAGCUAUUACGAGAGUGUACCCGCAAGCUCAUCAUGGAAUUUGCAUUCACCACUUGCUGAACAAUGUUGUAACAUAUUUCAGCGGGAAAAGUGUGGCUGGUUUGGUUGCAAAGGCUUCUAAAGCUUAUCGAGCUGCUGAUUUUCGUAAGUUGUUCACUGCUAUUUUUGCUAUUAGUCCCGAAAUUGGACAGUAUCUCAUAGAUGCCGAUGUAAGGAAGUGGGCUCGUUGUCAGUUUCCGGGUUACAUAUAUGAUAUUAGGACUACUAACCCUGCGGAGUCGAUAAAUGCUGCUUUGCAUAUGCCUAGAGAGUUUCCAGUGAUACCUUUGUUGGACAGCAUUAGGGAGAUGAUGACUCGCUGGUUUUUCAAACCUAGAACUUUAAGUUCUAAGCAUUCAAAGCCACUGACCAUUGCUGUGGAGAAGAAGAUUGACAGAAGGAUUGAGAAGGGUAAAACGUUUAAGGUCUUUCCAGUUAGCGAUCAUAGGUUUUUAGUUCAAGGUGACACUUUCGACUGCUCGGUAGACUUGGUCAGACACACGUGUUCUUUUGGGAAAUUUGAUCUAAUGAAAACCCCAUGCAGGCACGCCAUAAAAGCAGGCUUCAGUGUUGGAAUAAGACCACACACACUCACAGAUGACAUGUACACUACUGCCUCAUGGCGCUCGGCUUAUGAAGAAAGCAUAAAUCCUAUUAGCGUCCCCGAAGAUGCAUGGAAAGUUCCAUCUCAUGUGGAGAAGUAA